AUGAAAAAAAUAAUUAUGGUUAUUUUUUUUCUUCUAAGCAAGAUAUGUAAAAAUAAUGCUAUUUUAAAGUCUUUAAAGAAUAAUAAAAUAGUUUUAAAUAUAAUAACCAAAAAAGAAGAACCUCAUAUAUUUGAUCAUUCAUACAAUAAUAUUAAUAUUAAUAAUAUUAAUAAGAAUAAUAAGAAGAAUAGAAAUAAGAAUAAAAUUAAGAUUAAGAUUAAUAAGAAUAAUAAAAAAGAAGAAGCUUGUUUUUUUUAUAUAAAUAAUUAUAAGAAAGAACUUAUUAAAGAACCAUAUAAUAACUUAUUAAUAUUACAUAGAACAAAUAACUGGAUUAAUAAAAAAAGAGAUAAUAUUUUCGACAAUCAUAAAAAAAACAUAAAAACUAAAAAACAUCUUUUAAAAUUAUUUAUUAAUAAAAAUAAUUAUAUAUAUAAUAAAAAAAUGUUUUCUUCAUGCAUUAAUAAUAAUUCUAAUACGAACGAUGUAGAGGUUAUGAAAAAAAAACUGAAGGUACAAGAAAAUCCUGAAUUUAUAAAAAAAAGAUUAGAAAAAUUUAAUGAAAUAAAGGAAAAACGUAAAAAGGAAUUAGAAGAAAAUGUGGAACAAUUAAAGAGACCUAUAAAUAUUGAAUUAUUAGAUGGUUCUAUUAAAUCGGGAGAAAGUUAUGUGACCACACCAUUUGAUAUAGCUCUUUCCAUAUCAAAAAGGCUAGCUGAAGAUUCUAUAGUAUGUAAAGUAACAUAUUUAGAAAAGGUAGAUGUGGAAUUAUGUGACAUAGAAGAGGAAGAUGAUCAUAAUGAAGAAAAUAGCAAUAUGGAUGAAGAGAAAAACCAACAAGAUAACAAUGAUAAAAAUGACAACAAUGAUAAGAAUGAUGAUGAUAAUAAUAAUAAUAAUAACAAUAGUAACAAUAGUAACAAUAAUAAUGCUAUGAAAACUCUUUUGUGGGAUCUGAAUGUUCCACUAGUUGGGAACUGCAAACUUGAAUUCAUAAACGUCCAAUCAGAAGAAGGACAGAAAGUUUUUUGGCAUUCAUCUGCUCAUAUUUUAGGCAGCAGUUUAGAAAGACUAUUUGGAGGAUUUUUAACAAUCGGUCCAGCUUUAAAAGAAGGUUUUUAUUAUGAUAUAUUUUUAAAUAAUUUUUCUAUAAACAAUGAAGAUUAUAAAAGAAUAGAAGAUGAAUUUAAUAAGUUAGUAAAAGAAAAUGUACCCUUUGAAAAGGUUAUAUGCACAAAAGAUGAAGCAUUAGAAUUAUUUGAAUAUAACCCAUUUAAAUUAGAACUUAUAAGAUCAAAAAUUCCAGAUAAUAAAAAGACAUCUGUUUAUAAAUGUGGAAAUUUUAUUGACUUAUGUUUAGGUCCACAUAUAAAGAAUACAGGAAAAGUGAAAACAUUUAAAGUAUUAAAAAAUUCUUCAGCAUAUUGGUUAGGACAAAAAGAAAAUGAUAGCUUACAAAGAGUAUAUGGUAUAAGUUUUCAAAAAAAAAGUGAAUUAACAGAAUAUUUAAAAUUUUUAGAAGAAGCUAAAAAAAGAGAUCAUCGUAAUGUAGGUAAAAUAUUAAAUUUAUUUUUUUUUGAAAAAGAAACAUCACCAGGUUCAUGUUUUUGGUUACCACAUGGUUCAAAAAUAUAUAAUAAAUUAAUAGAAUUUAUAAGAAAAGAAUAUCGAAUAAGAAAAUAUGAAGAAGUAAUAUCACCAAAUGUUUUUAGUUGUGAAUUGUGGAAAACAUCAGGACAUUAUCAAAAUUAUAAAGAUUGUAUGUUUUUAUUUAAUGUUGAAAAUAAAGAAUGGGGUAUGAAACCUAUGAAUUGCCCAGGUCAUUGUUUAAUGUUUAAACAAUUAAAUGUUUCAUAUAGAUCUUUACCUGUCCGUCUAGCUGAUUUUGGUGUUCUACAUAGAAAUGAAAUAUCAGGUAGUUUAAGUGGUUUAACACGUGUAAGAAGAUUUCAACAAGAUGAUUCUCAUAUUUUUUGCUCAAUGGAUCAUAUCAAACAAGAAGUUCUUAAUACAUUAAACUUUCUUUUCUAUGUUUAUAAUUUAUUUGGAUUCAAAUAUGAACUAUUUCUUUCAACAAGACCUAAGAAAUUUAUAGGACAAAUAUCCACAUGGAAUCUAGCAGAACAACAUUUAAAAGAUGCUCUAGAUGCAGCAAAUAUUAAAUGGAAAAUAAAUGAAGGAGAUGGUGCUUUCUAUGGACCAAAAAUUGAUAUACUUGUAAAAGAUAGUUUAAAUAGAACACACCAAUGUGGAACCAUACAGCUAGAUUUUCAAUUACCUGUUAGGUUUAAUCUGCAAUACAAAAAUAAAGAAUAUGUAAAUUAUAAUGAAGAAAAUGAAAAAAAAGAAAAUAAUUAUAAUAAUAAUAAUAAUAUUAAUAAUAAUAAUUCGAUGAAUAAUGACCAUGCUGAUAAUAACAAUGAAAAGAAAGAAUUUAAAGAUGGAGAAAAUGAUAAUGAACAUAAUAAUAAAUCUCAUAAUAAUUCCUUAAAUCCUAAUACAAAUGAAGAAGGAUUAUUAAAAAAAGGAUUCGAAAGACCAAUUAUAAUACAUAGAGCUAUUUUAGGUUCUGUUGAAAGAUUUGUUGCUAUAUUAAUUGAACACACAGCUGGUAAAUUACCUUUCUGGUUAUCACCUAGACAAGCUAUGGUCCUACCUGUAAGUGAUAAGUAUAAUGAUUAUGCUAAUUAUGUAUAUGAAACACUAAAUAAUAAUUUGUUUGAUGUAGAUAUAGAUCUCUCAGUCAAUACAUUAAACAAAAAAAUAAGAGAAGCACAAUUAAAACAAUUUAAUUAUAUUCUCGUAGUUGGUGAAAAGGAAUUAACAACAAACACUGUAACAUUAAGAGAUAGAGAUGAUCAAAACAAUCAACAUGUCUAUACAAUUCAAGAGCUAAUAGACAAAUUUAAAAAGCUCUUGGAUGUAAACUCAAUGAAAUUUAAUCAAAUAAAUGAAUUUAACUCAAACCAAGGUCUUUAA